GUGCGGAAGCUGCUAUGCGUUUUCCUCCGUGGGCAUGAUAGAAGCCAGACUGCGCGUCACUACCAACAACAGCCAGCAGGUGGAGCUGUCGCCGCAGGACGUCGUAGAAUGCAGCGCGUACUCACAGGGUUGUGAGGGAGGUUUCCCGUACCUCGUGGCCGGGAAGUACAGUGAGGACUUUGGGAUGGUGGAGGAGAAGUGUAAUCCGUACGCGGGGAAGGAUGAGCAGUGUCGCACCGACCCCGGAUGCUACCGGCACUACGCGACGCGAUACGAAUACGUCGGUGGCUUCUACGGAGCCCCAUAUGUUAUAAACAAGGAGCCCGUCUAG